AUGGAUGAACCGAAUGAAGUGGUCUCCCAUCCCUCGCUCACACCUCUGUCUGUUUGCAGUAGCAGUCGCUCAUCCAAAACCUUCAAGCCCAAGAAGAACAUCCCCGAGGGCUCCCACCAGUACGAGCUGCUGAAGCAUGCGGAGGCCACGCUGGGCAGUGGGAACCUGCGGCAGGCCGUCAUGCUGCCCGAGGGAGAGGACCUUAACGAGUGGAUCGCCGUCAACACUGUGGAUUUCUUCAACCAGAUCAACAUGUUGUACGGCACCAUCACCGAAUUCUGCACGGAGACCAGCUGCUCCGUCAUGUCUGCAGGACCAAGAUACGAGUACCACUGGGCUGACGGCACCAACAUUAAGAAGCCAAUCAAGUGCUCCGCCCCCAAGUACAUCGACUACCUGAUGACCUGGGUCCAAGACCAGCUGGACGACGAGACCCUCUUCCCCUCCAAGAUCGGAGUGCCUUUCCCCAAGAACUUCAUGUCUGUGGCCAAGACCAUCCUGAAGCGCCUGUUCCGGGUCUACGCCCACAUCUACCACCAGCACUUUGACUCCGUGAUGCAGCUGCAGGAGGAGGCCCACCUCAACACCUCCUUCAAGCACUUCAUCUUCUUUGUGCAGGAGUUCAACCUGAUCGACAGACGUGAGCUGGCUCCGCUGCAGGACCUGAUUGAGAAGCUGGGCUCUAAGGACAGAUAG